AUGGUCGAGACUGCGGGUGUGCUGGCACAGGCAGCGAAUCACACGGCGCAAGCGCUGGUGAAGAACGCGUUCGACGGGGUCAAGGGGAAGAUCGGGCAAGGAAACGGCGGCAAGGAGUACGAGUGGGUGAAGGGGCUGUUGGGCAAAAAGGAGUUCAAGAUUCAGUGUUUGGAUGUGCUUAUUCGGAUAUGA